AUGGUGUACUAUUUCAAGUCGUCGGCAGUCGAUCCGCCAGCCUUUAUUUACGUUGGCAAAGACAAGGUUGAGAAUGAGGAUUUGAUCAAGUUCGGCUGGGACGAGGAUUUUCACGUUGACAACCUAUCGAGUGCCCAUGUCUACCUGAGGUUAAAACCUGGUGAAUCGUGGACAUCGAUUCCACAAGCUUUACUCGAGGACUGUGCCCAAUUGACCAAAGCGAACUCGAUCGAAGGCAACAAGAAAGACAAUAUCACAGUCAUUUACACGCCUUGGUCGAAUCUGCGAAAGGAUGCCUCCAUGGCUACAGGUCAAGUAUCGUUCCACGACCCGAAGAUGGUCAAGAAGGUCCACGUGCCGGCGAGGCAAAAUCCCAUCGUCAAUAGAUUGAAUAAGACUCGAGAAGAGAAGUUCCCAGAUCUGAGGGCCGAGAGGGAAGCAGACCAAAGGGAGAGACGAAAGGUCGAGAGAAUCGCGCGGGAACAGCAAAAGGCCAAAGAUCGCGAGGAGAGACAGCGACGGGAAGAGCUGAGAUGGCAGAAGGAUCAUGCCUAUGACGACAUGAUGAGGGAGGAGAACAUGGUGAGCAACCAGGACAGGGACCCGACCUUCUUUGAGGACGACUUCAUGUAA